UGACAUCACACAGCGUGUCUCUGCCAGUCCAGGCCGGGGGUGGGUGCCUAUCUCCUUCACCUCCCUGUGCAGCUGAGAUGGUGUUCUGGCCCUUACACCUGCUCCAUAGAGUUCUUCUGUGUCAAGUGCCAUUGGCUAGCUCUGGUCUCUGCCUAGCUGCUUCCGACAACCCCCGGUGCCUCUCCUAACCUGCCACUCGUGGUCCAGAGCGUUGCCUACAAAGUUCCAAGGGCCAACAGCGGCAGAGGACGACUCCAUCCUUCUCACAGGAGGACUCUUCCUCGGGGGACACUUCUCUUAGACUCUGGGCAGUGAAGACACUGUGCUUUGAGAACAAUUCCUCAUGGAGCCAGAAGCCUUAGAAAUUUGCCCUUACGAUCCGCACCACCGGAUUCCCCUCAGCAGAUUCCAGUACCACCUGGCAUCAUGCAGGAGAAAGAACCCCAAAAAAGCCAAAAAGAUGGCCAGCUGCAAAUACAACGCCUGCCACGUGGUCCCCAUCAGAAAGCUGGAGGAGCACGAGGCUUCCUGCAUCAACAGAAGCUCCCUGGAAGAAGACGACAGCUUGAGCCCUCUGAAAGGUGGUCUCCCAGGCCCACAGCAGGAAGACGACCCCCUGCAGGUCUCCCCCUGGCUUUCCAACUCUGACAUCUGGAAUGUCGACGGCGCUAACUGCCACCCGAUGUUUGUCCUGAAGACUUUUGUCCCACAAAAGCUGGUUUGUGAAAGUGACGCGAGAGAGUCAGAGAAAGAGACCAACCCCCAGAAGAUCCUCAGACCAGGACAGUAAGGUGCCCGGGAAGGAAGAAUCACGCACCUGCCACAUGCAUGAGCGAUGAUAUGCAACUCAUUGGAAUAAAGGGCAUGCAAAGUGCUCCA